AUGGCGGUCGACGACACUCCUGCGAGCUCGAAGGAGCUCAAUUCCACCCCCGCCGAAAACAAAAACACUGUUACGGACUUCGACAACAGCAACAAUUCCGGCAGCCUCGUAGCUGACGAUGCCAAUGUCGAAGACCUCACAAGAAAGACCACCGAUACUACCGCUCCCAAGGUCGCCAAGCGCGCCCUUCCAGCAUGGCUCGAUCACUUCAAUUCCGGCGAUCUCAAGGUCCUCAUCCGCUGCGCUGCCGCUGCCUGGGUCGCCUUCAUCAUCAUGUUCAUUGAUCCGGUUCUCCAGAGCAUCGGUGUAGCCACAUUCUUCGCGUCCUUGGUCCUCUUCAUUGUGCCUCCCGCCGGUAUCCUCAUGAUCAACUUGCUGGCGUCCAUCUCGAUGCUUGUUGGUAUGUGUCUGGCUUGGGCCUGGGGCUUGCUCACCAUGAAGGCUGCCAGAGCUGCCCGCCCUGACGCCGAAACCAACGCCCUCGUUGCAUCUUUGAGGCAAACGGCGUACCAGGAAUGGAAGCAGACCAACCGUAGCACUCCCACAGCUCUCGCCUCCGAGUUGGUGUACAACGGCUACAUGCUUGACACCCGCGUUACAGUCAUCUACUACGUUAUGGGCUGCCUCAUCAUCUACGUGCUUGCCCGUAUGCGCAUCAACAACGCAAAGCUCAUCCUAUUCCAGAUAUUUGGCACCAUCAUUACCGACCUUUUCAUCCUUAUUGGUCCUCUCUUGUCCACCUUCAACUCGACUCUCCCUGUGACUCUCAUUAAGCCUGGAGCUAUUGGUGUCGGUAUUGGCACGGUCUUCAGCAUUCUUCUCUUCCCUCAAUCCACCUCUUACACUGUUCUCGACUCUAUGGAGAAGCUCGUCCGCCUUGCCGGAGCCACGACCGACUCGACACGUCGCCGCCUCGCCGAUCAGGCCGUACACAUUGACGAGCUCAUUGGCCUCAAGGGCAAAACUGUCGGACUUUACAAGGCCAUGAAGCCCGCGCUUGCUUUCCUGCCCAUUGACUUGUCUCGUGGCCGAUGGAACGUUGGCGAUGUCACUGUACUUCACGAAAAAGUGCGUGCUGCCAUGGUAGCCAACCUUUCUCUGGUCGACUUCCACAUUGGCUGGAUCUACGCCGGCAACAAAGCCAAGGAUCUACGCCAAUACCAGGAGGGCAAUAGCCGCAUCGGAACCGGAACUGGACAGGGCGAGAAGCCUGCUACCAAGAGCAUUGGAAGCCACCAGUUGGAAGAGUACCUGGAUCUUCUGGACGCGCUCAAGAUUCCCGGACAAGCUGAACAGUUUAACCGUGUCAGGGAAUCCCUCAUGAGCACCACCAAGGGCGUUCUUGACGCUUGCCACACUGCUACAGACGUUUCCGCCAGAUGUAUCCAUGCUGCCAACAGCAACCGCUGGAUUAGCACUCCUAAGCAGAGCGUGUUUGACGAAUUGGCAAAGGAAAUGACAGCUUGCCUCGAAAAUUUGCGAAGAACAAAGGUUGACUGCGUUGCCAACACCAACGAUGCUGUCAUUGAACACCACGCCGAGCUCUUUGACGAAGAAGGCCGCCUUAAGCAGUCUGCUAACCUCCGCCCCAACUCCCUUCAAGGCAUCAUCCUCGCCAUGGUUAUUGAGGAGCGCAUCCUCAGCGUUGUCGAUGCCAUGGAAGGCAUGCUCGAUUACCUUGUCCGUCUUGUCGAGGCUCGCAAGGAGCAUCGCAUCUGGCUCCCCACUGGUCUCCAGUACGCCCUGGCCUGGCUGUUCAACGGCAAGCUUGUCGUGCCCAUUUCGGACAACUCAACGGUUACUGGCGCGGAGGACCCGGAGUCACCUAUCAACACCGACGCCCCUGAAGACCUUGCUUCUGAAGCAUACCGCCGCCUUCGCGCCAGUCAUGGAACUGCCGGCCGCAAGAUACGCCGUGGCUUCUUCAGCAAAGCCAUCAUGGGCACCUACAACUGGCUCUUCAACCAGGCCGGUAUGUAUGGUCUGCGUAUGGUUAUUGUCACCAUAGCUACGUGUAUUCCCGCCUCUCUUCCUAGUACUGCAGGCUUCUUCUACCGUGAAAAGGGCAUCUGGGGUGUCAUCAUGGCCCAGACUUGCGUUUUGGUGUACAUGGCCGAUUUCACCUUUUCCCUUGUCGGUCGUGCUCUCGGUACCGUUCUCGGUGGUGCCAUGGGUAUGGUUGCCUGGUACAUUGGCGCUGGUGGCCUCGGUCCUGGAAACCCAUACGGUCUGAGUGCCAUUGGUGCCCUUAUGAUUGUCAUCCUCAUGUGGUGGCGUCUUUUCCUCCCCGCUGCAUACCUGCAGGCCGCCAUCAUGACCGCAUCGACCUUUGUCCUCGUCGUCGGUUUCAGUUUCGAUGCUGGUCACAUCCAACAGUAUGGUCUUCCCGGUGUCGGCUACGAGGCCUUUUGGAAGCGUGUCGUCGUCGUCAUGCUCGGUUUCAUUGCCUCGGCCGUCGUGCAAGUCUUCCCCAAGCCUCCCUCAGCGACUGUCCACGUCUCUAAAACGCUCUCCAACACUGUCGGUGUUCUGGCAGACCAUUACGCUCUGCUUCUGUCGCACUGGGCUCGUGGCUCUUCUGUCAGCCCCGUCAGCGCCGUGGCUGAGGACAUUUCCCUCAACGUUGCCGACACACUCAUGGGUCUUUCGCCAUCCCUCGGCCUUCUGAGCAUCGAAGUUAGCUCCAGCCCAUUCGACAAGGAAACUCUGGCCGAUGUCAUCCAGCACGUGCAUCUUAUCAAUCAGUCGCUGUCCAAGCUGCUCGACAUGUCUACUACUUUGCCCCAGGACUUGCAGCAGCGUCUUGGUAUCUCUGCCGGGCUAACCAACGACCGAGCUAUUGGCCAGGUCAUGGGCAUCUUUGGUAUCCUCGAGUACUCGCUGCGCACGGGCAGCCCCAUCCCCGAGCGCCUCCCGGCGCCACUGGUCCGCAACCUCUACGAUGCGUGGGAGUCGCAGCACCGCAAUGCCAUCCUCACGACAUCACUAGUCCGUGACGAGAACUACAGGAGAUACUGUGUUGCCAUGUCUUCCUACCUGCAGUUCUUGACCUUCCUUGAUGACCUCGUCAUCACCAUCAAGAGAGCCGUUGGCGAGAGCCACGUUGUGCAUUCUUGGGAAGAGACUGCUUAA